CCACUGCUACAGCCGGGAAUCAGCCCGUAAAGAUGCUGCUGGAAUUGUCCGAGGAGCACCGCGAGCACCUAGGCUUCCUGCCCAAGGUGGACCACGCGGUAGUCGCCGAGUUCUGCAGGAUCGCGGUGGAGUUUCUGAGGAAGGGGGCCAACCCGAAAGUCUACGAAGGAGCCGCCAGAGUACUCAAUGUUAGUAGUAGCACAGUCCAACACGGAGUUGAGGGAUUGACAUACCUACUCACUGAGAGCUCAAAACUCAUGAUUUCUGAACUGGAUUUCCAAGAUUCUGUACUUGUUUUGGGAUUCAAUGAAGACUUGAAUAAGUUAUUGCUUCAGCUUUAUCUUGACAACAGAAAGGAAAUCAGAACAAUCCUGAGUGAAUUGGCACCAGUGCUCCCCAGUUACCACAACCUUGAGUGGAGAUUGGAUGUCCAGCUUGCUAGCAGAUGUCUAAGACAACAAAUUAAACCAGCAAUGACCAUAAAGCUGCACCUAAGUCGGGAUGGAGAGCAUAGCAGCCAGGUUUUGCAGACUGAUCCAGCUACCUUACUUCACUUGAUUCAGCAACUGGAACAAGCAUUAGGAGAAAUGAAAACAAACCACUGUAGGAGAAUUGUCCGAAAUAUUAAGUAGCAUUAGGUUUGCCUUGUAAAUAUGUUCAAGUGAUUUAUAGAACAAUGUUCAAGAACAAGCAUUGGCUGGAAUUCUUUUUUAUUAUAAUUAAGACACUUAAACAUCUGAAUCAGAUAGACUUCUUCUGCCACAACACUGAUGCAUUAAUUAGAAGCUAAUGUUCAGUUACUUUCAUGGAGCUUCCUAUGCCCAGCUUUUUAAUGCUGCAAAAUGAAUUUUGUUUUAGAUAAAUACAUGCAUAUAUAUAAUGACAGGUCAACUGGAAAUGAAUCUAUAUUCAUGGUUUCUGUACAUAUUAGUGUAUUCUAGAAUAUUUUGAUUAUUGAACUUAUGAUUGUUUUUCAUUUUUUCCUUUUGCCUUGAUAUCUAAAAAUUAUAUCUGAAUUAUAUCUAAAAAUAAAAAUG